UUUCUGCACCAUCCAUAAACGGAACGUUCUGAUUUAUUCCGAUAUUAAUAACCUAUUUCCGAUAUCGGUGUCUUUUCUUGAGAAGACCCUUUUCUUCGAUCUCUUAUGAAUUAGUAGGAGUAUAAGAAGGCAACACAUUCAAUUGCAAUCCACAAUCGUUUUUCCAUCUCCUCAUUCAUCUCUACCCCUUCACCCUUAUUUUUCUCUUCGCAAUGUUUUUCGCUCGCUCAGCUUUGGUCGCCUUUGUUGCUGCAACAGCUUCCAGCUUAACAGCUGCCAAUCCAAUCUCCUUGGAAGCCAGAACACCUACAUUUGAUGGAAAAUGUAUUGCUUUAAGCUCUGCAAGUUUAGCGGCAGAAAACAAAGCGAUCAGAAAUGCCUACAUCGUUCCUGAUGUCUACAACAGCUUUGACCCAAAAACAACUGUUGCGCUUUAUUAUAAUGAAAAAUUUGUUCCAUAUGGAGACAAAUUAACCGCAACACAAACACUUUUACAACCAAACGUGUAUUUCCCAGCUCCUGAAGGUGAUCAAGGUGAUAAAUAUACAGUGAUCAUAAACGAUCCUGAUGUUCCUUUGGGUAUUACACAUCCAACAUUCUUGCAUUGGAUCAAAAAGGGCUUAACGCCAAAUUGUCAAACACCUGCAAGUGAUAGCGGUCAAGAUGUUCGUAUUUACAUCUCUCCAACACCACCACCAGUUCUUGCACCAACAGAACAUCGUUAUACAAUCUCUAUCCUUAGAGAACCAAAGGAAGGUUACAAUCCAAGCGCACUGAAAUAUUUGACAGAAUUAAUCACUUUUGACGUAAACGAAUACGAAAAGAAUACAGGUGCCAAAUUGGUCGGAUCGACUUACUUCUUGGGUUCAGCCACGUAAAUACGUUCAUACUAGCUUUUUCUCUAUUGCAAUCAUAUAGUG